AUGCAGCAUUUGGUGCUGCGUUGGUUAAUUUCAUGUAUCUCGUUGUGUUUGUUCUGGACUAUUCCAUGUACUUCAGCAUUAUACGAUAGUAAUGGUCCGGUCGUUCUCCUUUCCGAUAAAAAUUGGGCCGAAGAAGUUUUAAAUACUAAGAAAGUCGUGGUGGUAGAAUUUUUCGCGCCUUGGUGUGGGCAUUGUAAAAACCUUGCUCCUGAAUAUAUAAAAGCUGCUGAGAACCUUAAAGGUCUUGUGACAUUAGGUGCAGUUGACUGUGAUAAUGAAAAUAAUAGAAGACUUUGUGGUGCUUAUGGAAUUCAAGGUUUUCCUACCAUCAAACUUUUUCCAAGUCAAUCAAUUGAAGAUGAGGAA